ACUAUGUUGAAGCUUCUGCUGGUUCUGCUGUGGUUGUUUCUGCUCAUACUGAGAUGCUUUCUUCGAGCACAGAGCUGCUCACAACUGUCUGGAAUAAUAACUCUCAGCUGCUUCUCUUUGCUUUGCAUGCAAAACAAUCAUUUUUCAUUUUUGUGUAUUUUUGUUUCACCUGUUCGCCCGCUGCGGUUUAAUUAGACUGACAAACUGCGGCACACAGAUCUGCGGCGGUGUGAUGCAGAUCCACACGAGCUGUUGUUACAGACACGAGCAGACUCCAGGUGAGAUUCAGGCGACUGCUGUCGCCCACGGAGAGGAUCGAGCACACGAACUGGAGGCCAGCGAGACGCUAACAGACGCUGAUUAUGGAUUUAAUGAGGUCAAAACAUUUCUAACUGCUGUUUUUGUGCAGACAAAUAUUUCCAGCAUGAAAAGGAGGAGACGCUCAGCUCAUGCAGGAUUUACAGGAAGAGAUCGAUAUGAGCUGGUUUCAAAGGUGAAGCAGAUUACUGUGAACAAAAGAAGCAAUCACACUGUUAUUAAUGAGCCAAAUAUGUGAGAACUGUGGAAAUGCUGAUAAGGACGCUGCGUUUAUGCUGCUCUGCUGAUUUCUCUCAUUAGUUUGAUCUGUUUUUGAACAUUUAGCAGGAACAAGGAUGAAAAAGUGAAAUCCUUGUGCUGAUGUGCUGGAGCCUCCACAUCUGUGUCUGCUUAAACACCUGGAAGUCAGGCUGCCUGCUGCUUUGCUCCGAAGCUUGUCAAGCAAAACUUUGACGUGGAAGCUUUAAAGAGACGUUUGUUUGUGUGCGUUCACACAGGAGUUGCUGCCAUACGGUGACGAAUCGGCCACGAGGAGAGUUACAGACGUUAUGAUGUCACAGUGACGCUGACCUUUGACCCUUUGGAUUUAGACUGUCAUCACGAUGUCAUCGCUUCCUGUGAGGUCUUUGUGACAUUUUGUCAUAACUAAUGUUUGAAAUGCCAAAAACCUGCUCAGUGAGGUCACGAUGACCUUUGACCUUUAGUCUCCAAAAAGUUAUCAGUUCUUACUCCGGCCCGCGGGGGGCGUCUGACAUGAGAGCGCAGUGGACCAGCUGAGGACAUGAAGGCUAACGCGGCGGCACAGCAAGGCCGGCGAACACAAUAACAGACCGACUGUUUCCUCUGUGGUUACUGGGACGUCCGCUGGUUUAGCGCCGACGUUCACAUCAGGAGAAAAACACGGAGCACGUUGGCAGCUCUUUGCCUUCCUGUGAACCUAAAGACUGAUCUGACUUCAGCUGGAAGAUGAAGAUGCUCUCUGUGGUGGAGCGGAAGGAUUAGUGACGGGAGCUUCAGUCGCUCUCUGCUCCUGAAUGAGCCUGAAACCUGGGAGAGAGGGCAGGUCACAGGUUUGAUCCCAGGUAUCAGUCUGCAGCACGGCCACACAGCUAGUCAGAGAGGAUCAUGGGACGUGUUUCACAGGUGACGCUCGACGUUACGGCCGACAGUGAGUGAAUUAUAGAGCAGCCAUAAAAGCACACGGUGCAAUCAGGCCUCCAUAAACGGGAUCGUUACCAUCGGGCGGUGUGCGCGUGACUCAUGCAUGAGCCUCAGUCGCACCAAGUCUGCACGCUCACUUCACGUGCUCGGCUCGUUUUGGCUGCUUCACUUUGCACAUCCUACACCUAAAGAACGAGAAAUAUGCGGACAGCCGUCGUAACGCACGUCUUUAAUAAUCUAAUGACACGUGAGUCCUUCGUCAGAGGUCUUCCUCCCGUGUGUCCUCUUGACGAGUGCACACAUGUGGCCCGUUGUGCGUCUGUGGGGAAGGUGACCGCGUGUCCGACAGCUGUUUUCCCUCCAGCAGGUUCGCACUUUAACGUCCACACGUGCUGCGCGUCUGCGGUGCUGCUCGUCACCCUCAACUCGCCGUUCCGACUGCGAGUGUUCGGACGCCUGCACAUGCUUUGUAGAGCCAGCUGUGUGUGAGACGCCGUCCGCUUUGUCUCCGCUCGUGAUGCCGUGCUGCCUUCAGGCUGUUCCUGAAGCUCAUUGGUUGGUUGGGUGGUGUGGAUCGUCUUCCUGCAGAGGUGCGGUGUCUGUGUGUGAACUCUGAGCUGCUUCAUCACCUCCGCCUCCUUCUUGGCCUGUUAGUACAGUAACCUCACAGCAGCCACGUUAUUGGUCACAUGAUGUCAUUAAAAAGUAGCGUAGUGUGAAAUUAUCUCUGAGCUGUCAACAUGUUUAUCUCUGCUGGACGCCAGAGGAACUGCAGCGUGUGGCUGCGCCUUUACUGGGUGCAGGUAAUCAGGACGCGCUGUGAUGGAACUUGAGGGAAAACUACUCCAGGAUGAUGCAGGAGUGAGUGUGACAGGAAGCUGACGGUAGUGAUGGCGAGCUCCGUCUCCCACAGAGGUGUUUGUAACGCUCACCUGCAGAGAGACGCUUUAAGGUCAUCAGGAUUUCACGUCAGGCUGAACAUGCGGCAGCUCAGAGCCUGACGAGGGGACAGAUGUGCAAACAUUCACGGUCCGGACUCAGACUCCACCACAUCCAGUUAGAGCAUCCUCCCCUCCCCUCCCCGCCAUCCUCCAUCUGCUACUCGCUCUCUCGCUCGCUCUCUCUGAGCGAUUAAGGCGCUAUAAGCCUAAUGGACCCUGACGUUACAGGAGAGAGAGAGAGAGGGGGAGAGAGAGAGGGAGAGGGGAGAGAGAGGGAGGAAGGCUGCUGGUGUGUGAGAGCUGAGAUGCUCAGUAACCGUCGGCAACGCAACAAUGCCGCACGACCACUGCAAGCAGGAGCUCCUGACCAUCUCCAAUGUUCCUGUGGCCGACUGCCCCCCCUCUCCGCCCCGCACCGCACCCCCCACCAUGAAGACGGCUCAUUUCUUUGACAUGAUGGACAAGAUGGAGCAGGUGCCAGAAGCUGCUGAGAUGAAGACAAUCCCUCAGAGACAGAAGGACGACUACAUUCCUUAUCCGAGGAUCGAGGAGGUGUUGGAGAGGGGGGAGCCAUACCCUCAGGUGAUCCUACCUGAGUUUGGAGGCUACUGGAUCGAGGAUCCUGAUGCUCCUCCUCCCUCUACAGACAGCAGGGGGAAGGAGGAGGAGGAGGUGGGGGAGGAAGAAGGAAGACAAGAGGAAGAGACCGCCCCAGGGGAUUAUGGGUACCGGCUGGAGGAGAUCAACGAGGCCGCUCGGGCGUACAGGAAGCACUUCUUGGGCAGGGAGCAUUUAAACUUCUCCUGCUCGUCGAGCAGCGUGGGAAACCUGCUGCUGUCCGUGAGACACGAGCAGGAGAAGGAGCACGAGCAUCUCCACGUCAUCAUCAGAUCUCGGGUGAAAAGCGUCUACCACAGAUUAUCUCUGGCAGAGCUGCCGGACAUCCCAAGUGUACCAGAGCUGACCAAGCUGCUGUGCGACGAAGCGGCAGGUCUACGGUUCAGUCCCAUCCUGUACCCAAAGGCAUCUCAGCUAAUAGUAAACUAUGAUGAGCAUGAGGUGAACAACACCUACAAGUUUGGAGUCAUUUACCAGAGAUUUGGUCAGGUGUCUGAGGAGGAGCUGUUCAGGAACAACGAGGAAACGUUGGCUUUCACAGAGUUCCUGCAGCUGCUGGGAGACACAGUGGAUCUGCAGGACUUCAAAGGGUUUCGGGGGGGUUUGGAUGUGUCUCACGGUCAGACGGGGUCUCAGUCCAUCUACACGGUCCACCGGCAGCAGGAGAUCAUGUUCCACGUGUCCACCAAACUGCCCUUCACCGAGGGAGACGCCCAGCAGCUGCAGAGGAAACGGCACAUAGGAAAUGACAUCGUGGCGCUGGUUUUUCAAGAAGAGGCCACGCCCUUCGUCCCCGACAUGAUCGCCUCCAACUUCCUCCACGCCUUCAUUGUGGUGCAGGCGGAGGAGCCAUGCUCUGAGACCACCUCCUACAAGGUUUCCGUCACAGCACGAGAGGACGUCCCGCCCUUUGGCCCGCCCCUCCCAAACCCGGCUGUCUUUAAAAAGGGUCCAGAGUUCAGAGAGUUUCUUCUCACCAAACUCAUCAACGCAGAGCUGGCCUGCUACAAGAGCGACCGCUUCGCCCGACUUGAGGAGCGAACCCGGGCCGCCCUGCUGGACAGCCUCCACGAUGAGCUGCAGAGACGCUCCCAGAGCAUGCUGGGAUUGACGUCAGGGCCGGAGGAGGAGGGCCGAGGGGAGAACGGACAGGCCCACGGAGGACUGCUGGAGUCCAUCAAGAGGGCGAUGCGAGGGAGGAGCGUCUCCAUGGAGACCAUGUCGAGGGGCGGGGCUGGACUGCCCACCAGUUUGAGUGGGGGGGGUCUGGCACACCUGAACGUGGAGUGUAACGUCAAGUCUCCCGUGAAGCGGCGCUCGGGACUUUUUCCUCGCCUGCUGAGCGUCGACAGCCAAACAGAGAAGCACAGCCAGCGGAGCCUCCCCGGUGAGCAGAGGAGCUUCGACGGAUGCCACCCGAUGCUGGAGGUGAGGCCGGAGCUGCCGUCCAAUCCUAGCACUCCGGAGGCGGGGCAGCGGGACAGGUGUGUGCAGCAGAAGCAGCAACAGAUUCACACGAAGAAGGAGAGCAGUAAGAUUUCCAGGUCGACAUCCAGCACCUGCAGCUUCAGCAUCCCAGCUGACGACACACACCUGGUGAGACAGGCUGCGACGGUAGAAGGUCAGAGUUCAGCUCCGGUCAUCGUGUGCCGCAGCCCCACAGAGCUGAAAAACAAGAACUCGCCCAGAUCCAACCUGAAAUUUCGCUUCGACAAGCUCAGCCACUCCGCCGCACAGGGACACUGAGCUGACAGGACGCCGCUGACAG